AUAAUCAUGAUGAUGAUAGAUCAUCAGAUGAUUGUUGUAUUAUCUAUGUUACUUUAUUAACUCAACAGCACAUGGUUCUUUAUCUAAUAAAUAAAGUGAUAAAUAAUAAUUAAUGAAAUAUCAACAACAAUAAUAAAUUAAUAAUAAUAUUCUAUCAAUGCUACGUUCCAUUGGAAAUAAGUUUCGUGUAUGCAACAUAAUUCCCUCGUUUUACAAGUAUCAAGAAAUUAGAAAAAUGUCAACAACAACUGUAGUAGAACCAAGUGUUACCAUAAAUAAUGAAGAUACACUUAAAAGACCAUGUCCAGAUGACAAUAAUGAUGCUGUUGAUAAAAUUGUUGUUGAUGAAAUAAAAAAACAAAAAAUUGAACGUAUUAGAAAACGUAAUUUUGCAUUAAUGAUGGGUUAUCUUGGUAAGGAUUAUUAUGGUAUGCAAAGAAAUCCACAUGUUAGAACAAUUGAAGAAGACUUAAUUGGUGCAUUAUUUAAGGCAAAGCUAAUUGAUGAUGAUGCAUUUGAAACAAUUCAAAAUGCUAAUUUUCAAAGAGCUGCUAGAACAGAUAAAGGUGUAUCAGCAACACGUCAAGUUUGUUCAGUUAAAUUAGCUGAACAUGCAUCAGUUGAUAUGAUCAAUGAACAUUUACCAAAAGAAAUACGUGUAUUUGGUUUAAAACGUGUAACAAAAGGUUUUAAUUGUAAAUCACAAUGUAAUGCACGUACAUAUACAUAUACACUUCCAACAUUUUCAUUUGCACCAGAUGAUUCAGAACUUGUUAAUAAUGAAAAAUGGUCAGAUGAAGAAAUUGAAAAACGUAUUAAACAACUUGAAUUUAUUGAUGGUAAACCAUUUACAGAAUAUCGUAUAACACCAGAAAUUAUUGAUAAAGUUAAUGAGGUUUUAAAAGUUUAUGAAGGAACACAUAAUUUUCAUAAUUUUACAGCAAGAGUACGACCUUAUGAUCCAAGAGCACAACGUUUUAUCAUGAAAUUUCAUUUAAAAGAUACUCAUGUAUCAAAUGGUAUUGAAUAUGCAACACUUUUAAUAAAAGGACAAAGUUUUAUGUUACAUCAAAUAAGAAAAAUGGUUGCAGUUGCAAUUGGUGUUGUGAGAAAUAUCAUUCAAAUUGAAGCAAUGGAUGCAUUUUUUGAAGCUGAAAAUAAAAUGGAUGUACCAAUUGCACCAAGUUUAGGAUUAGUAUUAAAUCAUGUACAUUAUGAUAAUUAUAAUAGAAGAUAUGGCACAGAUGGACUACAUGAAAUUCUUGAAUGGAGUGAACUUGAUGAACAAAUACAAAAAUUUCAUAUGGAAUAUAUAUCAAAACACAUUGAAGAUACUGAGGUCAAUGAUAGAUCAAUGUUACUUUGGCUUGGUGAUUUAGCUCAUCAUACAUUUGGACCAAGAGAAGAUAAAGAAAAUAAAAAAGAAGAAGAUGAAGAUGACAAUGACAAUGAUGAUGUUGUUGAUGAUGAUAAAGAAUCAGCAAUUAAUUAAUCAAGAUUUUUUUUUUUUAAA